AUGGCUUACUUGAGUUACUUCUUCACCCUACUCAUGGCUCCUCUCCUCCUAGGGCUUUUCAUGUUCUCCACCGCCGUGACCGGCCAACUCGGACUACCGUACGACGUUGCGUCGAAGCUUCAUAACGACAGCCAGUCCAUCAACUCCACUGCUUCAGAUUGGGGCCAUAUUUUCCAUGAAUACGCAGCUGCAGUUCUGUAUCCAAACUCAACAAACGACAUAGCAACGUUGUUGCAAUUCGCCAACAAUGGCUCUACGACUUUCGGCAUAGCAGCCAGAGGCCAGGGCCAUUCGGCUCGCGGCCAGGCCAUGGCCAAGGACGGCAUUGUCAUAAACAUGACGACUCUGAACAACAUGGGGUCACGAAUUGUGGUGUCGCAGAGUGGUGAAUAUGCUGAUGUUGGUGGUGAGCAGCUGUGGAUCGAUGUGUUGCGUGCAACAGUUGAUCAAGGCCUAUCUCCGGUAUCGUGGACGGAUUACCUCUAUCUCAGUGUUGGUGGGACGCUCAGCAAUGCCGGCAUUAGCGGUCAAACUUUCCGUUAUGGUCCUCAGAUCACCAAUGUGUAUGAACUGGAUGUCGUAACCGGGAAAGGGGAUGUAAUAACUUGCUCCUCAAAGCAGACAUCUGAGCUAUUCUAUUCGGCUCUCGGAGGUUUAGGCCAAGUCGGCAUUAUAACCCGAGCAAGAAUUGCACUACAGCCAGCUCCCAAUAGGGCUGUUUGGAUACGGCUAUUUUACAGCGACUUCUCUGCAUUUUCAAAAGACCAGGAACUUCUUAUCGCAAGCAAGGGAAAGCAGGGAAGUGUUGGAUUCGAUUAUGUUGAAGGUUUUGUUCUAAUGCCGCAGGGUCCUGUAGACCUUUCCUUCUAUUCAGUAGCUGACCAACCGAGAAUAACUGCUUUACUAGAACAAUACGGAAUCCUUUACACCAUUGAAAUAGCCAAAUACUAUGAUGAUAAAGCUGCAAAAACCAUAGCUAAGGUGGUUGAGAUAUUGCUCAAGCAGUUCAGCUACAUUCCUGGAUUCAUAUUCCAGCAAGAUGUAUCCUACAUAGAUUUUCUGAAUAGAGUGCAUACUGAAGAGAAAUUUCUCCGAACACUUGGUUUAUGGGAAGUUGCUCAUCCAUGGCUAAAUCUCUUCGUGCCAAAAUCAGGAAUUGCAGACUUUGAUUCUGGUGUUUUCAAAGGCAUUCUUCUGAAACAAAAGGUUCCGGCGGGACUUGUCAUCGUUUACCCCAUGAACCGAAACAAGUGGGACGAUAAGAUGACUGCAGUUAUACCAGAGGAAGAUGUGUUCUAUGUUGUGGCGCUUUUGCAUUCAAGUGGGCUCGAAGAAUGGCAGCUAUUUGAUGAAGUCAAUGCACAAAUAUUACAGUUCUGUAAUGAUACUGGUAUUGAGAUUAAGCAGUACCUUCCCCAUUAUGAAAAACAGCAAGAUUGGACAGACCAUUUUGGAUCAAAAUGGCAAACUUUCCAGGAAAUGAAGGUUAAGUAUGAUCCAAACAAGAUACUAGCCCCAGGACAAAGGGUUUUCGAUGACUUGUAAUUCAAUUAGCCUAGUGUGAAGUUGGAGUAGAUAUUGGGGUAGCUG